CUUACAUAGACAAAAGCGUGCCAGAAUGGCGCGCGUUUACCGGGGUGGCCCCGGCUAUAGCGCUAGGCCCGAGAAUGCGCUCAAGAGGUCCGACGAGCUUGAGGCUAUUGGCCAGAAGUCCGCCGCGCUUCAGGUCCUGCACGAUGUUAUUUGCAGCAAGAAGCACCGCACUUGGUCUAAGACGUUUGAGGCCAUCAUGCUGCGGCACGUUGAGCUCUGCGUGGAUAUGAAGAAGCGCAACUAUGCCAAGGAGGCGCUGCUGCAGUAUCGCAAUAUGUGCCAUCAGGUCAACAUCAACUCGCUGGAAGAGGUCAUUAAGCACUUCCUGAAGCGCGCGGCCGACAAGGCCGAGGAGGCGCAGGCGAAGGCCGCGGCGGUGACACUGGACGUGGAGGACUUGGAGGAGGACGCCAGCCCCGAGGAGCUGAUGCUGAGCUAUGUCUCCGGCGAGAAGAACAAGGACCGCACCGACCGCGAGCUGGUCACGCCCUGGUUCCGCUUCCUGUGGGAGUCGUACCGCAGCGUGCUGGAGAUCCUGCGCACCAACCCCAAGCUGGAGCCGCUGUAUGCCAUGACGGCCACCAAGGCUUUCCACUUCUGCCUGCAGUACAAGCGCACCACCGAGUUCAAGCGCCUGUGCGACAUCCUGCGCCAGCACCUGGUUAACCUGGUCAACAAGUUCCGCGAGCAGCGCGACGCCGGCCCGGAGAGCAUGACCAUGCACCUGGAGAGCCGCUUCGAGCAGCUGCGUGUGGCGUGCGAGUUGGAGCUGUGGGGCGAGGCCUUCCGCUCCGUGGAGGACAUCCAGCAGCUCAUCUCGCUCACCAAGAAGACGCCCAAGCAGCCGCAGCUGGCGUCCUAUUACACGCGCCUGACUCAGAUCUUCGCCGUGUCGGACAGCCCCAUGUACCACGCCUUCGCCUGGCUGAAGCUGUUUAGCUUCGCCCGCCAGCAUGCGCGCGGCAUGUCGCAGACCGACUACCAGCAGAUGGCUACGGCCGUGCUGCUGGCGGCGCUGGCCAUCCUGCCCUACGAGCGCAGCAACACGCCCGGCGCCCGCGGCGCACCCUCGGACGCCGUGGCGGCUGAGCAGGAGAAGGAGCGCGCCAACCGCAUGGCAACCAUCCUGGGCUUCGCCGUGGACGCCAAGAAGGACGCUCGCGGUCUGCUGACGCGCCAGGCGCUGCUGGCCACCAUCUCCUCCUCCAACCUGCUGUCGCUGGUGCCGGCCGAGGUGCGCUCCAUCCACGACGCGCUGUCGCAGGACUUCAACCCGCUGGAACUGUGCCAGAAGCUGGCGCCGCUGCUUGAGAAGCUGCCGGAGCUGGCGGCGUCGCAGCUGUCGGGCUCAGCCCCCGUGCGCAGCGUGGCGCUGGACAAGUACGUGCCCGCUCUCAAGCAGGCGGCGGUGCUGCGCCUGCUGAAGCAGCUGAGCGAGGUGUACAGCGUGAUGCGCAUCUCGGAGCUGGCGGCGCUGGUGCCCUUCUACACCUUUGCCGAGGUGGAGGCGGUGGUGGUGGACGCGGUCAAGUACGACUACCUGACCAUGCGCGUGGACCACCGCAACGGCACGCUGCACUUCGGCGCGCAGAGCGUGGAGGCGGACCGCGUGCGCGGCCACCUGGCGGCGGUCGCCAAGCGCCUGGCCAAGGCGGUGACCAUGAUGAGCCCCACGCCGCUGCCGCUGUCGGCGGCGGACGCGCAGCGCCGCGCGCUGAUCAUCAAGGAGGCGCGCGAGACGCUGGAGGGAGAGCACCUCAAGGCCGUGGCGCGCAAGAUGGCCAUCGAGAAGAAGAAGGAGGAGGCGGAGCGCGCCAUGCAGGAGGCGGAGCACCUGGAGAACCAGCGCAAGCUGCAGGCCGCCGCGCUGCACGCGCAGGCCGAGGACCGCCGCCGCAAGGAGGAGGCGCUGCGCCGCGAGGCCGAGCGCAUCCAGCGCGAGAUGGAGGAGAAGGAGCAGGAGGAGCUGCGCGCGCACCUGGGCGCCCGCAACAUCAAGGUGAAGGACGGCGAGAAGCUGGAGAAGAACACGGUGAUCAAGGACCUCAUGUCGGAGCGCAUCAAGGAGCAGCAGGAGAUGGAGCGCCGCAUGGCGCGCCUGGCCAAGAACAUGGACCACCUGGAGCGCGCCCGCCGCGAGGAGGAGGCGCCCUACCUGGAGGCCGCCUGGAAGGAGCGCCAGGAGGCGGACCGGGCCUACUGGGAGCAGAGCCAGGCCGAGGCGGCGCGCCUGCACCGCCAGGCCUGGGAGGUGGACGUGGAGGAGAAGAAGCGCCUGGCUUACAUGGUUGCGGACAAGGAGGUGUUCAAGGGCAUCAUCAUGCAGCGCCGCGAGGCCGAGUUCCACGCGCUGCGCCGCGAGCGCGAGCGCCGCCUGGCAGAGAUGCGCGCGCAGAAGAAGUACGAGCGCGAGAUUGCGCGCCGCAAGGCCUAUGUGACGCGCUGCCGCGCCGAGGUGGAGGACCGCAUCCGCGAGAUGGAGGAGCAGAAGCGCCGCGAGGAGGAGGCCAAGAAGAAGGCCGAGGAGCUCGAGCGCCAGCGCAAGCUGGACGAGGCCCUGGCCAAGCAGCGCGCCCGCGAGGAGGAGAUCGAGCGCCGCAAGGCCGAGGAGCGCGCCGCCAUUGGCCUGGCCGCACCCGCGCCCGCCGCCGCCGCCACUGCUUCCAGCGCCGCAGCGGCUGGCGCCGGCGGCGGCAACCGCUUCGUGCCCCCGCACCUGCGCCGCCAGAUGGAGGCUGGUGGCAGCGGCGGCGGUGCGCCCGCCGCCGCCCCUGCUCCUGCCGCCGCCCCGGCGGCGGCUGCGCCGGCUGGCGGCGAUGAGGAGGGCGGCUGGCGCCGCCGCGGUCCCGAGGCGCCGCCUCGCGACUACGGCGCCCCGCCCGCUCGUGGCCCCGACAACUGGCGCGACCGCGACGCGCCGCCCCGCGACGCGCCCCGCGACGCGCCCCGCGAUGCCCCGCCCCGGGAUGCGCCGCCGCGCGACGCGCCGCCCGCUUCGGGCGGUGGUGGCAAGUUCGUGCCGUCGGCCCUGCGUGGCCGCCCGGAGGGUGCUGCGCCGUCGUCAGGGUCCGCCCCGCCGCCGGCCUCGGGCGGUGGCGGUGCGUACCGCCCCCCGGCCCGCCGCUAAGCGCGUGCAGCGUGGAGUGUGAGGACUCGUGCAGGGCAGAGAAGAGAGUGUAGGUGUGCUAGAUCUGCCGUCGCCAACGUCGACGGAGUGUUUGCUGGCACGACGGCGGAAAGACGGAACUUUACUAGAUAGAGGUUCAAGCCAUGUAGGUAACAUGUGGAGGAUGGAGGAGGUGGAGCAGGAUUGAUGACCCGCAAAUGCGUGUCAACAACGUGAAUUACUCGUGUGGACGGCCUGAGGCUCACAGUCCUCAUGACUUAAAUUGCAUGUAAACAACAAGGCAGCUGGGAAGGGGGCUGAGCCUCGCAAUAUCAGGGAGGACUGACUGCAAAUUGGUAGACGGAUGAUGGCCCGACGUCUACCCACAUUUGGGAGCGAGGCAUGGACCGCCAUCCACGCCAUCCGUGCCUUCCCUUUCCACACAUUCCCUUGAACCU